AUGAUUAUGGGAUUAUUUAUUAUGAAGAUGAUUGAUCUAAUCAAGGUUUAGGGUAUUUUGAAACAAGAAAGUAUAUAUAUUGAUGUAAAAAGGUAGUAUAAUUCAUUUUCAAAAUCGAUUUCUAAACAUUUCAUUUAUUUCUAGAUGAAAAAUGUUUUCAGAAAUAUAUAUCAAAGUAGAAAAACCACACAAAUUCUUAUUUAUGAGUUUCUGAAUGUCAGAAACGUUGAUUUAUUAAAUAGGAUAAGUAAUGGAAGACCUUUAAUUGAGAAUUAUCAACUGCAAAUUUAUAAUAAUAAUACUUUUUAUUCCAAUUAGUUAACGUGUUUCAAUAAUAAAAGUGCUUUGAUAUAUAAAAUUAAACUAAUUGUUAUUAGUCAUGAUUAUAUUGUAAUUUAAAUCGAAUUUCGAUAAAGAAGAGAAACAAUUAUAAAAUUGGUAAGAUUUACUAUUUAUUCUUGGAAUGUUAUUGAGAUUGGGGUACUACGUAUAAUACAAGUGAAGUAAAGAUUCCUGAAUUUGAUAAAAUUAAAGAUAAAAAUAUUCUAAUUAUGGCAUGAAUAUUUAUUGAUUGCACAUAUUCUAAUACUAUUGAAAAUUAUAAAUAUAUCCAAUAAUUCUGAUUGCUUAUUUUUAUUCUAAUAUACAAUUAUUAUAAUGUGA